AUGGCGGAGCGGGUUGCAAUGUCAACACGGAGGGCACGGGAGAUGACGGAGUGGGCUGCUAGGGCAGAUAUCAGUGGUGAUCACAAUGACAAUGACGGUGGUGGUAGUAGAGGUGGCAAUGACAAUGUGGUGUUGGUAGCCAAUGGUAACGACAUUGGUGGUGGUGAUGGAUGUGAUAUUAGUGGUGGUGGCAGUGGCAAAGAAGAAGGUGAUAUUAGUUGUGGUGGUGGUAGUAGCAAUGUCGGUGGUAUUGAUGGCGAUGGUGGUAGCAAUGAUAGUGGUGUGGUGGUGGUGACAACAAAUGAUGACGAUGAUAGUGGUUGCAGCAACAUUGGUGGUGAUUUUGGUGGCGAUGGUAGGGGUGAUAUUGUUGGUAAUUGUGGUGGUGGUGGUGGUGGUGACAAUGACAGUGAUAAUGACAUUGAUGGUGGUGGUAGUGAUAGCAAUGACGUUGGUAAUGAUGAUGUCAGGGGCAAAGAUGAUGACAAUAACAGUGGUGUUGACGGUAACACCAAGUGGUGGCGACGAUGA